AUGACUAAAUAUGAGCAGAACAUGCUUUUUAAGGGACUAGAGAGUCAUUUGAAUGGACAUGCCAAGAUUAUAAUGACAGCUCCUUCGUGGUUAUUUUGCAGUGUGCAGCUGGCCUUUCUUUUUUCCGCUAGAACAGAGAACUGCAAAGUCAGCAGUUUAAAGAAAAGCUCAAUAGCAGGGCAACCUUUUCCGCUCCAGUGCCAGGCUGCCAUAGGUUACAGAAGUGAAAUCAUCACCUACAGUGUGAGUUGGUAUAAAAACUCCAAUGAAACCUCAUUGUUAUCGGGAAAAAAUUCAAGAAUCUAUCAGCAUCAGGACUGGAUUUGGUUUCUUCCCCUAACAUUAGAAGACACAGGGAUUUAUCAUUGCAUUAUAAGUUACCAAGUGGUAGGAAGUGGAAUCCUGGGAGAGGAUCCUGACAGGAAGAUUCCAACAAGGAAUUCAUUGAAAUGUACCAGAGUAAAUAUCAACUUGACGGUUUUCAAAAGCAGUGAGAAUUGGUGUGAUAAUCAUAAGGAGGAUCUUCAGAAGUUGUUAAUAUAUAUUCCACUGUCCUUGGGAAAGUUCAAGAUGAUUACAUGCCCUCUGCCUAAAUUUCCAGCGAACAUUACUUUUAAUUCAGUUGAAUGGCAUAAGGACUGCAAACAGAUUCAGAGCAACAAAGAAUUCCACCUCAAGAUGCAGAAUCUUAUUAUUGCCAGUGUGUCUGCCCAGAAUGCAGGAUUAUACAGAUGCAACGCAACGUUCUCGUUCAUGGGAAAGCAUUACAGCAUUUCACGUAACAUUCUAGGCUUUCUAGAAAAGAGUGAGGAACCAGAAAGUAUUGUGGGAAAACGACCUGAGAUCCUCUAUCCCCAAAACAAUUCAAUUGAAGUAAAACUUGGUUCCCCGCUCCUCGUGGAUUGCAAUAUAUAUGAUACUGAAGAUAGUACCAGUGACAAAUGUUGGAAAGUCAAUGGUACUUUGGUGAAUCAAUAUUAUAACUCAAACCGGAUUCAUGAAGGGAUUGAAACAAAAUCUUCACAGGGUAAGAAGUAUUGCCUUUAUACAGUGAAUCUCAGUUUUACUGAAGUGAGAAGUGAAGAUUAUGACCAUCCAUUUGUCUGUCAUUUGUCUGGAAUAGCUGCAGCGUACAUUAUAUUAAGACCUCCAGCUCCAGAUUUACAGGGAUACAUGAUAGGCGGACUCUUUGGGAUGGUGUUUAUGGUGGUGGCCUUCUCGUUCAUCUAUAAAAUCUUUAAGAUUGACAUUGUACUGUGGUAUCGGAGCAUCUUUCAAACUAUUGUGAGUAAAGAAGAUGGAAAACUCUAUGAUGCAUUUGUCCUGUACCCGAAACCUAAUAAAGAAAGUCAAAAUCAUGCUUUGAAUAUGUUGGUGAUGCAGAUUCUUCCAGAUAUCUUGGAGAAGCAGUGUGGAUACAAGUUAUUUAUAUUUGGAAGGGAUGAUUUUCCAGGAGAAGCUGUGGUCAGUGUUGCCGAUGAAAACAUUAAGUUGAGCAGAAGAUUAAUCAUUAUUAUAGUUCCUGAGUCAUCAAGUUACAGCUUCUUUGAACAUGCAUCAGAACAACAGAUAGCAGUCUAUAAUGCCCUUAUCCAGGAUGGAAUUAAAGUCAUUCUGAUUGAACUGGAGAAAAUCCAGGACUACACAGGCUUGCCAGAAUCUAUUAAGUUCAUUAAACAGAAGCACGGAGCAGUGCAAUGGACAGGAAACUUCACAAAGGAAUCCCAAUCAGCAAAGACUAAAUUUUGGAAAAAAGUAAGAUACCAUAUGCCACCUAAAAAACAACCACCAUCCUCCAAAUCAUCUUUCAUCAUGCCUUCCUUGCCCUCCAGCCCAGAGAGAGGAUGAUUUUGUACUUUAUCACUCUGGAGUGGUGUCCUUCUCCAAUGACUUCAAAGUCCAAGGAUUUGGAAAUGUUUGUGGGCUAUCAGUCUGUACAGAUGGUUAAACGUUUUUGCUACCUUUUGUGCUCCUUUGAGCAGACAGUCAUCUUUAGGAAUCAUGCUUUAUUAACACAGUAAAUUUGGAGAUACUGGUACACUAGUGGAGAUUAUUGGUGGAGAAACUGCAAAUUUUCUUAGCCUCAGAUACUCUUUGCUGACCAGUUUCAGAGAACCUAGCCCUUGCAGUGGACCAAAGCAAACAACUGGAAAACCUUUUUCACCAGAAGAUGGCGAAAGAAUGUAGGAUUUGUUUCCUCAGAAAGUGGUGUAAAUAGACAACUUCAAAUAGGUGAAGAAAGUCUGGUCUAAUAGUAGAAGGAAGAAAACCCCAUGAUGGUUGGUAGAGAGAAAUUUCAGAGGAAAGGGUAGAAGGAUGCAAGGAACUUAUUUGCCAUUGUUAGAGACAGAAUUCUGAGCUGGAUGGACUAUUGACUAUGGAUUAUGCCAGGAAUGGUAUUGAAUGUGAUUUUAUGAGGUAGAGGUAAGGGCACAACAUCUGUAAAAAUAGCAAAGAGGAGUUGCAAAGAAUAUAGCUAAUGUGUUUCAUGUCCUCGGGGAACUAAAAUGUGAGAUUAGGACAGUGGUACAUUACUAACAACGAGCUUGUUUAAGACAAGCAGAAUAAUAACUGUGGUAUUCAUUAAAUCUUAUGUGUCAAGCACUAUACUAAGUGCUGAG